CAGAUGUCUGGCAACGGUGUCUCGCCGUGUUUACAUCAUCAGUCGUUAAAAAGUGACUCGUGCGACAGACUCGCUGACUCUCCUCCUCUCGAAACCCCUUUGGCGUCGAGAGCGGGCGGAAUGGCCACUGACAACCACACAGACAUGUCCAUUAACAGCACCAACGCAGAGUUUGGUGGCGUGGAAGGGGCGGGGAUAGGCACAGAAGGAGAACGAGCCGGAGCAGGGAUAAUGGGCGUCAGAAGGAAGGAACGAGCACCUCUAUUGACGCAGCGGAAGUUGUUUAGAAGUUUAAGCGGUAGAGAAUUAUCAAGUUCGGAUUCAGAAAGUUCGGAUACACCACGGACACUGAGUACCUUCGCUGGGGUUUUUGCCCCUGUCUGCUUGUCACAGUUUAGUACUAUGCUCUUCCUGCGAGUUGGUUUUAUUAUUGGAAACUUGGGUUUGGCACUUGCUGGUGGCACAUUGAGCUUGGCCUAUAUAAUUCUGCUAUUUACAAUACUGUCUAUAUGUGCCAUUUCAACCAAUGGAGCUGUUGAGGGAGGUGGUGCAUACUAUAUGAUCAGUCGGACACUUGGUCCUGAGUUUGGAGGAGCAAUUGGUGCAUUAUUUUUCUUUGCAAAUGUUUUCAGCAGUGCACUCUAUACCACAGGCUGUGUUGAGGGUAUUGUGGAUAACUUUGGUGAAAAUGGUAAAAUUGCCCAAUGGCUCCCAGAAGGUCGCUGGUACAACUUUGCUUAUUCUUCCACUGUCAACGUCCUCAACCUGCUUGUCUGCCUCAUUGGGGCAGGGAUGUUUGCCAAGUUCACCAUAGUCAUUUUUGCUGUUGUCCUCUCAUGCACAGCCUCUGUCAUUAUCAGCUUCCUUGCAGAGAAUCACAGGAUUGACGUCCCCAUCCCAGCAGCAAACCAGCUGGUCCAGAAUGACACCUACCCUGUGAAUGGAACAUAUACAUGGUUCUCAGCCAAUACCCUGAGGGACAACCUCUGGCCAGAAUACUCUGUGGAUUACACAACAGAUGAUCCUGUCAACUAUGCUACUGUCUUUGGGGUGCUAUUCAGUAGUGUCACAGGAAUUAUGGCUGGAGCUAACAUGUCAGGCGAGUUGAAAGAACCGGGACGAAGCAUUCCCUUUGGCACACUCAUAGCCACACUGUUCACGUUCCUGAUUUAUUUGCUGCUCUUCAUCUUCACGGCUGCAACCUGUACCAGAUUCCUUCUGGUCAACAACUACAUCUUCAUGAUGGGCAUUAACAUCUGGUACCCAUUUGUCACCAUUGGUAUUGUGACUGCCACUCUGUCUGCAAGUCUCAGCAACAUCAUUGGAUCUUCGAGAGUUUUAGCUGCUUUGGUGAAAGACAACAUUUAUGGAAAGCUGACAAGUUUUAUUGGCAUCUUAAACUAUAAAAGCAACCCAGUUGGAGCUGUGCUAUUGUCAGCUAUUUUUGUAGAGGGAGUUUUACUCAUUGGAGAAUUAAACACCAUUGCUUCCUUCACCUCUAUAUUUUUCCUCUUGUCCUAUCUUUCAACAAAUUUGGCUUGCCUUGGACUGGAGUGGGCAAGUGCUCCCAACUUUAGGCCAACCUUCCAUUACUUCUCAUGGUGGACAGCAUUGCUGGGGAUCAUUGCCAAUGGAGCUAUGAUGUUUGUCAUCAGUCCAACUGUAGCUGGGAUUUGUAUUAUCCUCCUGCUCAUCCUUAUUAUUAUCCUCCACCUGCAGUCUCCUUCUGAGCAACACCAGUGGGGUUCCAUAUCACAAGCACUUAUUUUCCAUCAGGUUCGUAAAUACCUUCUCCUGCUUGACUCACGCAAAGACCAUGUGAAGUUCUGGAGGCCACAGAUAUUGCUGAUGGUAGCCAAUCCACGUUCAGCCUGCCCACUCAUUGAUUUCACAAAUGACCUGAAAAAGUCUGGGCUUUAUGUGCUUGGACAUGUAAAGGUUGGGGACUAUGAUAAUGGAAUAGAUCCUGCUGGUGAAGACUACCCAAAAUGGAUGGCUCUGGUGGACCAUCUCAAGGUGAAAGCAUUUGUAGAAGUAACAGUUGGUCGCAAUGUACGAGAAGGUCUUCACCAUUUGGCACGUGUGGCUGGCCUUGGGGCCAUGAAACCCAACACUAUCAUUCUUGGUUUUAGAGACAAUGCUCCCUCGCACGAUUUCUUUACCAGAUUCAGGGUUCCUGGAGCCAAAGGUUACGGCUCAAUUGAUGCAGAGGUUGGAGAUGUCUCAGUGUUUGGAGAGGAGUCUCCCUUCAAUGUGACAAACUACCAAGCAGUGUCACCGAGUUCCUCUUCUCCCUCGCUUCUGACAAAGGGCUCGGAUGGCAUCCAUGAGAUAAGCACAGAUGAAUAUGUUGCCAUGAUCAGUGACAUCCUCCACAUUGGCAAGAAUGUGUGCUUAUGCCGCCACUUCCACCUAAUGGACAAGGCAGCUAUAAUGAAGAAAGAUAGACCAAAGCAGUAUAUUGAUGUAUGGCCCAUAGACUUCUUCUGCCCUGAUGAGUCGAACAUAUUUGGCACAACUUCCCUUUUCCUGAUGCAGCUUGCAACUAUUCUAAAUAUGGUAUCAACUUGGAGGAAAAGGACAAUGCUGCGUGUGUUCCUCUGUGUGUCAUCACGUGAUGCAGAUCCUGAAGCACAGCAGAAGCAAGUGAAGUCUAUGUUGCAUGAAUUGCGAAUUAAUGCAACAAUUGUCACAGUGCCAUGGGACCACAUUACAACACUCUUGUCGGAGAAUGCCUUUGACAUGCAGUCGGACAUGAUAGAGCCAGAGGGUGAUCCCAUUGUUAACCUGUCUGAUGCCUACAUUAAUGGGGUCAAUGGCCUCAUCUCAGGCCAGAGUGUGGACACAGCUGUCACCUUCCUGUACUUACCCCAACCCCCUGCCUCCCCCAAGCUCUACUCACAGUAUCUCAAGCUUCUAACAGGACUCACAGAUGGCCUCAGACCCACUGUCAUGGUACAUGGAAUGUCAGCUGUUACCACCACUAAUCUCUAGCUGAAAGGAUCAGAGAGGAAGGAGGGAAAUGAGAUUGGGAAAAGAGGAAGUGAAGGAGAGAGGAUGGAGGAAGGAAAGACACAAGGUAUAGGUUAAUGUUACCUACAGUACAACAUUCUGCUAAGGCAUAUUUUUGAUGAAUUGUCUUGUGUACAAAGAGUAGUGAUUUACCCAAGUGGUAAGCAAUACUUUUUAUUUGAUUUUUAUUUAAUAAUAUCCUGUAAUUUUUUUUUUUUUUUUUUUAAUUGACAGAUUAAGUAAACCAUUUGUUUUAAGAAUAUCUGUAUGAUGAAGCACAAUUUUGAUUUUUUCCUUCUUUAGCAAAGAAACCUCAUUGCCAUUUUGGAAGUAUUUUUUUUUUUAGGAACAGGAAAAUGCAUUGCAUUAGAAUAAUCCACUCUUUGUGUGUGCAGGUAUUAGGUAAUUCUUAAAAAAAUAUUAUGAUGAUUUACACAUUAUCAGUGUAUGAGAACAGCCUUAGUAUGAAUUUGAUAUAUGGUUUUAUCCCUAUCACUUCAAAUGGUAUUUAAUCAUUUCAUGCCAUUGUCUUUGUUACAGAGAAUGUAAUAUUAACUUUAUUAACCAUAUCAUCACAGUCUUUCAGAACUCAUUACUCAGUCUUCAGAAAUAUUCACUAUCAUCUAUAAACUUUUAUUGUAUUUAUUACCUUAUUUGUGUUUUUAGAUAUUUAUGAGAAUCUAGACUUUGGUAAAGUAAGCUCAUUUCAAUCAUUGGUAAUGUUUUUUUUUCAUGUUAUUUUUGUUUUUUAUUUUUGUCGUUUGUUGUAGAUGUAUGUUAUUUUCCAAAGUUCUGUACAACCAAAACAAUUUCUUUGUUGAGUUUGCUUUAGUCUGUCUCUUUAAGAUAUACUCCUUGAUUUUGAGUUUUAUAUUUAUUUUGUGUAAAUGUUGCUUAGAAGAAAUGUUACUGUAGUUUUUGUUAUGGUUCUGUUGUUGUUAUAGAUGAUGGGAAUGAUUAUGAGAGUGUGAUCAUUAUCACAAUUAAUAUAAAGCCACUGGAUGCAGAUGACAUGAUUAAAUGCCAUGUCUACCAUAAUUUUAGUUUAUUGUGUUAAAUACAGAAAUGGCCCCACAAUUGUUUAGUCACCAAGGAGUCAGUUACUAGUUCUAUAUAUCUAACCUGUUCACAGUUUUCUUUUAUUUCCAGAAAGAUUCUUUUCUACAAUUUUGUUUAUAUUGUUAUUUGUAUUUUGAUAUCAUUGUAAUAAUCAUGAGGCCAACAAUAAUAAUAGUAUUGACGUUAAUAGCAUAACAAAAUAAAUAGAUAAAAGCUUCUCCCACAUGUCAAGUAAUGGGGAAAUCAGGCACUGCCACUAGGGCCUACUAUUGACUCCAAGGUGGCUGAGCACUUGUGGAGCCAUCUGCAUGCAAAAGAAUUCACAAAAGACUACAGUAGUCAGUUUAUAACCCCACAGCCAUUGGGGUUAUUACCAUUCUUUUGUGGUGUUAGAUGCUAUUAUUGUUAUUAUAUAUUUAAUUAUCAUUAUUGAUAUCUUUUUGAAUCAUUACCAUUCUUUGGUGGGGAUUUAUCAGUAUUAUUGUUAGUUAUUCUAAUUUACUUUUAGCAUCCAAUGAUCUUAGUUAGGUUAGUGAUGGUAAUGAUAAUCUUGAUAAUGAGAGCAAAUAAAGGUUAUUUUUCCAAAUUUAGCAAUAUAUUGAAGAUAUUGAAACAACAUUUUUCAAUUUUCUUUUUUUCUUUCUAUAUAUAUAUACAUAUAUAUAU